UUAUAUUUGGAGGGUCAAAGAGGUUUUUUCUCCCGCCAUUAAAAUGAUUUCAAAAACUUUUUUCGAUGUAUUGUCAUUUAACAAACUUUAUUAUGUAGUUUUCAAAUAUGUUAAUCUUAUUCAUAACAUUUUUUGGAAAACUAUGUCUAAAUUCACAUCGAAAUUAAGUUGGACGCUCGUAGUGGCGCCACUAAUCUAAGCAUGACAUCUUUUAAUUUCAUUAUCAGAAUUUCUGACUCUGCCAUAAAAUAUCUGUACUUCAAACCGCCACCCAGAUCGAAAUAUUUGAGAUUUUUUGUGGUUUUUUUAUAUAUUUUUUUUAUGAAGAUUAUGGUGGAUCCUGAUGCUCCAAGCCCAAGCAACUCUAUCUUUAGGGAGUAUCUACAUUGGUUGGUCACAGAUAUCCCAGCAACUACAGAUACAAGCUUUGGAAAUGAAGUUGUAUGCUACGAGAAACCAACACCAUCGAUGGGAAUUCAUCGAUUUGUUUUGGUUUUAUUUCGACAAUUGGGACGUGAAACUGUGUAUGCACCGGGUUGGCGUCAGAAUUUCAACACAAGAGAUUUUGCUGAGCUAUACAACCUUGGAUUGCCUGUUGCAUCCAUUUACUUCAAUUGUCAUAGGGAGAGUGGUACUGGUGGACGUCGCGCAUAAAAAAAAAAAAGAGAAAAA